CUAGAAGCUAAAGUCUAGACUUCCGUCCGACUCGACUUUCCUCCCUUUCGCUUCGAAUUCGGAGACCUUCCACCGCUCUACUGGCAUUUGGCACGAAUCUCGGGCGCUGUGAGACGCUUGGCCACUUUUUUAUAAAGCCGCUCCAAGUAGAAGGCUCGUUCUCUCUGCCUCAAUAGCGAUAGAAGCGAUGGAUAAUAAUGGUACAGACGUGGACUUGGAGGCGAACAUGUCGCCGCCCUGGAAGGCGCUGAAGUCGUCGGCGUUCAGUAGCGCCAAGAGUGGUGGUCUGCGCGCGGCCCGACCCGACUGUAAGUUGUCCGAUCUUCUCCUGGCUGGCCACAUUCUUGGCCAUCGUUCUAACCUUGUGGCCUGCCCAGUGAACCGGUACUCGAGCGUGGCCGCGCCUUACGGCCCCACUGACCCUGUGGCCAGCACCUACUUCCAGGUUGUCAUCAGUAAGGCCAAAGCUCCGAUCGUGUGUGGAGACGCCGGGCCCGUCAAGGGCAAGGCCAUCUACGCCGACCGCGACCUACCCAAGGCCACGCGCAUCUGGACCGAGUCGCCGCUCGUGGCCAUGCAGCACGAGCGAAACCGCAGUAUACUGCCAUGCUGCCAGUACUGCUACCUGCCGCUGCUCGGCGACGCCCAGCGGCAGUGGCGUGACAUCGUUAUGCGCUACAACGCGCAGGCGGCCGCCACGACGCCGACAUCAAAGCCGACCAAGAAAACCAAAAGUGAUGGUGGAACGACAACCACGACGACCGGGAGCUCGGUCGGACAGCAACAGGAUCCGGCCAAGCGAGGCCAGGCACUGGCCACGGUAGAUGAGGACGCUAUGGAGAAGGCAUUGAAGCUGUUGCGGAUCACGCCGCAAAGCUGCGGCAUGGCCGGCCCGGCGGCCAAAUGUGCGUGUGGUGAGCUGUACUGCUCAAAACUAUGUCGGAUGCGCGCGUUCCACGAAUACCAUGCCAUCCUGUGCCCACGCAGCGAUCCGUGGUCGGCCAUGGGAGAGUUUUUAAAGCACACGCUUCACACUAAUGACAUUUUCUUACUUGCUGCGAAGGUCAUCGCCCGCGUACUCUCGCGAUAUCUGGUGUGGCGAGACAUCGUCAAGGCACGUGAGCCCAUCGACAUGUUUUACAAGAAACCGUGGUGGGAAGUGGUGGUCGUCGAGCACGACGAGUCUGAGAGCAACUUAGAGUCUUCAGGAGAGACGUCGGGGAGUGGCAGUGACCAGACAAGUAACGACGGUGGAGCGAGUAGUAAUAACGAGGAGAGAUCACCCAGCGAUGUCAAAGAUAUCGAUGAGGAGCAGAAAGCUGAGGCAAAUGACCCGACGCCAAUGCAGGAACAAAAUCCUCGACAGGAGGCUGAAGAGGAGCACAAACAGGAUGGAAUCUGGACCAAUGGGUCGUCAAAGACGCAGUGUUUACAGGAAGUAUUAACCAUGAUGCACCAGUUGCUGGUCGAUGCAUUAGAGUGUAAUCUAGUGCGUCUUGAGAGGGAGGGCCAACUACGAGGUGUGACAGUGGAGGAAAUCUGGCGCUGCUGUUCGAGUGUACUAAGUUUCGAGUUCUUUACGGCGCAGAUUGGUCUUUUCGAGAUGAACAACAUCAGUAUGGAGGUGGAUCAUCCGUUCCACGCCUUCAUUGACAUCCUGGACCCGGAUGUGCAAAGUGACUUAGCUGCAGGCGAUCCAGACCACAGUGAUGAUCCUAUGAGCCCAAAGGUACAGCCACAGCUUACUGCAGAGGAUCAAGUUCUACUUAAUAGCGUGCGACGUGUACUUGAGUGGGAGAAACAGCGAUUGCAAGCAGAGCAGGGGCUGGAACAAAGUGCUAUUGAAGAUGCUGACGCAUUGAUGUGGCUGGGAUAUCCUCGUAUUGAGGGCACUGCGUUGUUUCCGAUUAUUUGUACGAUGAACCACAGUUGCGACCCGAACUGCACUGUCAUGUAUACUAAGAAUGGAGACGGCCACGUGGUUGCAGUCCGUGAUAUCCACAAGGGCGAGGAGUUGUGCAUCUGCUACAUCGACGUUGACAUGGACGUACAAACACGCGAGACUAAUUUGCGUGAGUACAAGUUCAAAUGUUUCUGCUCGCGAUGCAUCCAGGAACGCCAGCAACAGAAGCGAACGGGUACCGAACAGUCAAAUCCACGAAGUGAUCAAGCACAAAAUUCUACCUCGGAGAAGCCACAGAAGCCCAAGAAAUCCAACAAGAAAAGCGGCCAGCGAUGAAGGUACGUGGCCUCAGGACUCGUUGCGUAUGACGAAACACGUAGUAAUAAAUCAGGGCGACAGGAAUCGCCAUGUACAUCACAUGAGGCGAGUAACUAUUCCACGUCUUGUCUGUUGAAACAUUGAAGAGGUAGACAAAACUCGUUAAAACUCAAGUUAAAACUCACAGAGGAUAAGUCGCAGCCACGCCGGAGAUCCCGUUGAACAGGUACGUGUGGUUGAGUGGCUCGAACUGGUGCGUGAUCAGCUUGAUAGCCUCCUGCGCAGCCACACCGCCCAUUAACGCAGCGAUGUUGUGCAACUCGACCUCACAAGACCGCGUCAUCUCUAGUGCGUGAUCGUCGGUAAUCCAGUCGGCCACGUCGCUACCGGCCGCCAGUUUCUUGGCCUUCGACACAAGCCACGCGCCAUCCUGCGUGGCUGCAGCAUCUUCCGAUCCAGGGUAGCGAUUAAACUCGGAAGCGAAGGCCGCCACUGCACGGAGCAUGAAGUACCAGAUCAAUGGCGACUGCUCCUUGUCCUCGUCCUCCAGGUCCACACUCGAUAAGUCCACGUGCUUGUAUUCCUGCGCCACAGUACGUGUCUCCAGCAUGCCAAUACUUGGGGCGUUCUUACAGAAUGCCGCCACAGCAUCGAACGUAAUGCUGUCCUCGUCCAGCUUCAGGCCACGCAAUUUGUUGCGUAGAAUCUCGUGCACUUUGGUAGCAUCCUCCUUGGCCUUGUUCACGUACAGCUCCUGCAGGGCCACGUACGAUUCCGUCGACGCCGUCAUAUCCGGGACGACUCCCGUUACCGGCAAUAAGCCAUCGUUCUGUUUGACAAAAUCUGCCAGUGCGUGGGCCAACAGCCAGAACUCUUUGGUAUCUUUCGUCUUCUCCAGCGUCUCCACCGAGACCGUGUGGGCCGGCGCGGCCUCCAACACUGGCGCAACUUCCUCCGGUAUCUGGGGAGGCACGUAGGCCUUAUAGGCGUUCUCAGCUGCCUCAAUAAAGUUAAGUUCGUGGCCGGCCGGGCCCCACGCCAUCUCCUGUAGACUCUUCUUGAACGCGUCCUUCUCUGGGAACGUGGCCGGCGGCUUGCCAUUGUGGGCCUCCUUCCACUUCUUCAUGGCCUGUAGUAGUAAUACCACAAAGGGAACGUGUGCGUGUUCAAUAGUUGACAGCGACUUUAAAUCAAAACUGUCUGCGAACUUCUGCAGCGUUGGGAAGGGCGUCGAGAGUCUCAGUUCGUGACGUGGUGGGUCCAAUUUGGCGUCAGCGAUGGCGUGUUGCGCCACCUGCAGCCUUAACGAGCCGAGGAAACCGUAGGACGUCACUAAUAACAGCGGAAUCCUCUUGGCCAAACACAGUUCGGCCAAUUUGGUCGUGGCCAACUCGUCCAGCUGCGUGGCCAGCACAAGAUCGAACUGGUCCAAAUACUGAGGCUCGUUCAGUAGCACCUGCUGCACGUUGGCGUGGCGGCCAUCGCCGGC